AUGACUAGUGGCGCCGCGCAUGUUCGCGGCAGAAGAAACACGAACUUCUCACGGCGAAAGGCAACGACUGGCGCUCAAUCUAAGAUGGGUAAGCGCGACAACAUGGUGCCCAAUGGGCAUUUCCACAAAGCGUGGGAACGCAACGUCAGGACCUGGUUUAACCAGCCUGCCAGGAAAUUAAGGCGCAAAAACAACAGAAUUAAGAAGGCUAGAGCUGUUGCCCCUCGCCCUGUUAAACGUUUGAGACCAAUCGUAAGAUGCCCAACUGUCAGGUAUCACACAAAAGUUCGUCAGGGUCGUGGAUUCACGACAGACGAGCUCAAGGCUGCUGGUAUUAAUCGACGAGAGGCACCAACUAUUGGAAUUGCUGUCGAUUAUAGAAGACGUAACAAAUCAAUUGAGUCUCUUCAGAUCAAUGUCGCCAGAUUGAAGGAAUACCGCUCCAAAUUGAUCCUCUUCCCCAAGAACGCUAAGAAGCCGAAGAAGGGUGAUGCAACUGAAGAAGAGUGUAAGGUUGCCACUCAGUUGCGUGGACAAAUAAUGCCAUUCGGUCAGAAGAAUGCUCCCAAAUUGAAGGCUCGUGUGAUCACCGAGGAAGAGAAGAAGAUCUCUGCUUACGUGACUCUCCGUAAAGCCCGCUCUGAUGCCAGAUUAGUUGGAAUUAGAGCUAAGAGAGUUAAGGACGCCGCUGAGAACCCAGAUGAUGUCACCAAGGUUCCUGUUGGAGAUAAGAAAGCUAAAAAAUAA